UCUGUCUGUGUUCAUUACAUGGAGUGUUUGUGCGUGAGUGUCCACUCUCCCUUUGGCUGUCUCCGGGUGGUGGUCAGGCCCCCAUUUUUACCAGGAGCCCUGCAGCAGCUGUCCCCCUGGCAUGUCAGCGGAGACAUUACUGACUUGAUACACGGCUCAGAACUGAACUGACGGCGGAGUCCGCGCAGGCUCGACUCUCUUCGCUUCUGGGCCCACGACCGUUUGAAGGCUGACCAUGGCGGACCAGUACCAGUACAACACCAACGAGGAGAAAAUCCAGAAGGACAGCCACACCAAGGAGAUCGAUCUGAUCAACAGAGACCCCAAGCAGAUCAACGAGGAUGUGGUGAAGGUGGAGUUUGAGGAUGUCAUCGCGGAGCCGGAUGGGACGCACAGUCUGGACGGGGUGUGGAAGCUCAGCUACACCACCUUCACCGUGUCCAAAUACUGGUGCUACCGCAUCCUGUCUGCCAUCUUCGGCAUCCCGGUGGCGCUCCUGUGGGGCUUCCUGUUUGCCUGCAUCUCCUUCUGCCACAUCUGGGCCGUGGUUCCCUGCAUCAAGAGCUGCCUGAUCGAGUCGCAGUGCAUCAGCCGCAUCUACACCCUCUGCAUUCAGACCUUCUGCGAUCCCUUCUUCGAAGCCCUGGGCAAGAUUUUCAGCAGCGUGCGCGUGGCGCUGCGCAAGGAAGUCUAAGAACUGGCACAGCAGUGUGCAAGCAAAGCCUGCUGCGUUUUUACAUACCAGAUAAUGAGGCCUGGUAAUUCCCCCUCUCUGAUACCUCCCGUUACAGAAUGCAAGCUGCCACCCACCUGACAUGCCGGCGUGUGCAUGCUGAGGAGGCGGCUUCAACAUCACCGUCCUGAAGAACCGAUCCAGAGCUGGAUCAGGACUUUGUCUCCUUAGACGUCUGCUAAAACAAAGAUGGGAUCUUCACAGCAGUUCUUAACCACUUACACAUGCUCUUCUACCAACCGUCUUCAGUCAUUUUCAAUUUGAUUUACUUCAAGUUUUACCAAUCCAAAGAGUUUGUGUCUUCCACACCUUCAAUACUGUGUUAGGAGUGGCAUAAAAACACAUUCUUGCAUGAUUCAGUGGUAGAUAUAGACUCAACUAUUACUUCAUUUUUGUUUAAAUGUUCAUUAUUUUUAUUGAAUUAUUAAAUGUUCAACACUUUGAUACUGCUGAGAUGCAUGAAAGGCGACUUCUACAUGAACGACACUGAGAUCUUUCUUUGAUGGUUGCAGUAAAUAAACAUCAUCACUGGUUGAA